AUGACUCAACCAAAUCAACAACUUCGAAUAAUUGCACAACCCAAGGCACUCUAUCGUGAGCGAUAUGACAGCGAACAAUAUAGAACUGGUAAUCCAGUUCAACGUUAUCUUCGUGCUGAAGAUAACCACCUGGAUCUCAAAUAUCCAACUAUAGAGAUAUUAAGAGAAUGGCGUGAUGCUACUCAACCACAAUACAUUCGCGUAGCUUCUGUCACUGUGCCGAAUGAUAAGGAACCUAUCGUGUGUGUGCAUCCAUAUCCACUUGGUACCGAUGAUCCUAGCGUUAAGACAGAUCCUACUAACAAUGCCCUAUACUUUCCGAUAACAAACGCCGAUUUUCAGAGCGGUCGAAAAAGGUACUAA